GACGGAGGAGGAUCGCGGUCCCUGGGCAACAAUUGUUUCACUUUGAAUUUUAGUUUAAUGUCAUCCAAGCUUUCCCAAAGGACCAUUGGCUCGCCGACAGGCUUUGGUUCGUAGGGAAGAUAGCAUACGGAUGCUAAAAAGUGGAGGAUACAUCUCUGGAUUCUUCUAUAAACGACUCGUUUUCGUUCUUCCCAGAAAUUGGCGACAAAGUAGUUGGAAAAAACCGAGGGAUUGCGCGUCCAAGCAUCAAACAUUAAUUGAUGCAAAUGGGCGUGCUCGUGAGGGAGGAGGGGAAGGGCGAUACGAUGCAAGACGUGGUUGUAGGACUUGUGACAAGCGUUGAUGGCGGUCUUUGAUUGGUAUGGAUAUUGUUUAAAAUGGUCUUGAAAGUGUUCGGCGGGGGUUUUGGUGAUAACAUCGUGAUUUUUAUUUUGCUGAAAGACGAUUUGCAAGAGGGGAGAAAUAUAGGGAAGCUUGAACGGGUCGAUAUGGGAGGGAAAAUGGUUUUGAGGAGGAAGAGGAGGGCCGGCGCUUUGCAGGUACUGGAGACGACGUUGACGAAGGGGACCGUCUUGGGAGUACACUUUGGCUAAGAGAGCAAAAAUGCAUCGCUGAUCACCCUUGUUUGCACGUUCGACUAAGGCUAUCCAUUCCUUGAUUUGUUUUGAUAUUUCGGCCUGCUGUUCAGGGGUAGCGACUGGAUGUUUGAUGCGAAACUUUCGGGCGUAGGAACGAGCAUAGUCGGAGAGUAUUUUGGCGGCGAGGGGGUCCCAAAAGGAACGCAAGAGACGAAGUAAAGUCCUGUACUUGGGAUACACGGCGACGCCCUGUAAUGAGCUGGGCAAGGGAGAACGGAAGGGGGAGCCAAAGCUUAUGUGGGUUUGGAAUAUGUUGGACAAGAAAUGUUGGUCUCUUUUCUGGGCAAUGCAAAGGUUGAUUCGGGUUCGGGGAUGGAGGGGAACGGUUUUUUUUGUACUGGGAAAGGAAGGGACGAGUUUUAGUUUCUGUCUGGUUUUCCGGUCUAACCUCUUGGGUUUUACGCCGGCAGGACGAGCCUGGGAGAGCCAGAUCCGUGUUUUUCGGUUGAGGCGUUUGGGUCUUUGGACAUAGCGAUACAAGGGUGGUUGCAUGGUGGUUCAGUUGUAUGAGAGAAAGGUGUUUUAGAAGGUUGAGGGGGUUGUUGUUGUUUUUUUUGAGAAUGCACUUUUCGUAGAGUAGAUUCGAGAUUCGUAGUGGUACUAGCAAUGGUAAUAGUAGGAAAAGAGAAAAGAAAAAAAAUGCAAACGAAAAAAGAGAGUCAACUGGGGAACCACAAGAGAUGGCAAGAGUUGACUGCCAAAAGGACGAUGGAGUGGGAUAGAGCGUUGAACGGGACGAGAGGUGUUCAAUGGCAAGCGAUUGUGUGUUGUAAGACAACGGGAGGGUCGUUGAAGAGAAAAACCAAGGGAAAUCAAAGAGAAAGAGAAAUGUGGAAAAAAAUCAAGUAGACAAGUGUCUUUGCCGCUUUGUUUUUUACAGUAGUGGAACGAGAUUUGUCGAGGCAGGAGGAUUUUAUUCUGGUGUAGUAUCGUAUUCUACCGUAUCAUAUUGUAUUGUAUUGUAUUGUAUAGUAUCAUAAUACAUUGUAGUUUAGUAUGAUGAGGAUAGGAGCAUAAGACUCUUCUACAAGGCAUAUUAUUCAUAGUCCACACAAACCACCCAUCAACUUGGUUGCAGUUUAUAAACAUCUCUUUAAGAAAUAAAAAAAAUUCCUUGGAAUUUUUCUAAACAAAAAAAAAAAAAAAAAAACACAGACACAGACGCAGACGCAGACACCCUUUCUCACCCCAUCUGUCUAUUUCCUUCUUUUAUAUAUUUACCAACGCACUCUCUCUACCUCGCUAAAAAUACAACGCAUUGUCCUCCUCCUCCUCCCAAUCACCAUUUACGUAGCGGAACAUAUUCCACCGCACAAACGGCACUCGGCUUGCCUUCCUUUCCCUACACUUGCCUGCGUGACUUUUUUGUCUCCUUGCGAUGCUUCCGGGAAUGAACGCAUUUCUCCGUAGGUAACAAAAGCAUCUGGACCACCAAUCACCACCGGUUGGGACCAUCUUCAGCCAAUCGACAUCCCGCCUUGAUCACCCUCCAUAAACACAAACGUAAAAGAGUUGUUCCAUCCAAUCCCAAAGUACCGCUGACGUCGGAAUAACUCUUUUACGCGGAUCUUGCGUUUUCCUUGGUUGUUCCUUCCCCUGAGCGGUUUCGGGGAAAAACCCACGCAUUGUUUUUGCGAAAAAAAGAAGAAAAAACAAUGCAAAAGGCACAAAACUCGAUCGGUUUUUGUUGUUUCAACGAAUAUUAAUUAAAUUCCUUUCAUUACAAAAAUUAACAAAAACCAUUCUCCCUCUGUUCCCUCUUCCUUCCAACGAGACUUCCCUUUUUCUUGCCCUCUCCUCCCCUCCUUUCUCUACUGUUUCCCGGUUGUCCCUCUUUUGCGACUCGGUUGUUACCAGCAACGACGUAUACAUGCAAAGAUUGUCGGGUGAUUGUUACCUAGGAGAAAUCAAGCGAAGCGGGCUUAGCGACGUAAUUGUUCCACCGGCUUCUGUUGAGGUCAGUCAUGCUCAUAUGGAACAUUCGGAGGGUGGACCAACCCAGGGCUAUAUAUAGAGGCCAUCGGUCGCACUAAUGAAUUCCUCUGUAAGGAUCUUUAAGGCAUCUUCCAAUAAACAUACUUAUUCAUUAUGGCCAUUGAAAAGCUCUACGCUCGUCAAAUCUACGACUCUCGUGGUAACCCUACCGUCGAAGUUGAUCUCACUACCGAGACUGGUAUUCACCGUGCCAUCGUCCCCUCUGGUGCUUCCACUGGUGUCUGGGAAGCCCUCGAGAUGCGUGACGGUGACAAGUCCAAGUGGGGCGGUAAGGGUGUUUUGAACGCCAUUGCUAACGUUAACAACGUUAUUGCUCCUGCUCUCGUCAAGGCUAACCUUGAUGUCACUGACCAAAAGGCUGUUGAUGAGUUCCUCCUCAAGCUCGACGGCACUGAGAACAAGUCCAAGUUGGGUGCUAACGCCAUCUUGGGUGUCUCCAUGGCUGCCUGCCGUGCUGGUGCCGCUCAAAAGAAGCUCCCUCUCUGGAAGUACAUUGCUGAAGUUUUCGGCAACAAGGGCCCCUUCACCCUCCCCGUUCCUUCUUUCAACGUUUUGAACGGUGGUGGUCACGCUGGUGGUGAAUUGGCUUUCCAAGAAUUCAUGAUUCUCCCCGUCGGUGCUCCCUCUUUCUCUGAAGCCAUGCGUUGGGGUUCCGAGACCUACCAAGCCCUCAAGUCCAUCGCCAAGAAGCGCUAUGGUCCUUCCGCCGGUAACGUCGGUGAUGAGGGUGGUAUUGCUCCUGACUUGUCUACUCCUCAAGAAGCUCUUGACCUCAUCGUCGAAGCCAUCAAGACCGCUGGCUACGAAGGUAAGAUCAAGAUUGCUCUUGAUGUUGCUUCCUCCGAAUUCUACGUCGACGGUAAGUACGACGUUGACAUCAAGGCCAAGAACCCCAAGCCCGAGAACAAGCUCUCCUACGAGCAACUCACCACCAUGUACUCUGACCUUUCCAAGAAGUACCCCAUCAUCUCCAUCGAAGACCCCUUCGACCAAGAUGACUGGUCUGCCUGGACUCACAUGAAGGCCGCCACUGACUUCCAAAUGGUCGGUGAUGACUUGACUGUCACCAACACCAAGCGUCUUACCACCGCCAUUGAGAAGAAGUGCGCCAACGCCCUUCUCUUGAAGGUCAACCAAAUCGGUACCGUUUCCGAAUCUUUGGCUGCCGUCAAGAUGUCCUACGAUGCCGGCUGGGGUGUCAUGGUUUCUCACCGUUCUGGUGAAACCGCCGACACUUUCAUCUCUCACUUGACUGUCGGUAUCUCCUCCGGUCAAAUCAAGUCUGGUGCUCCUUGCCGUUCUGAGCGUUUGGCCAAGUACAACGAACUCCUCCGUAUCGAGGAAGAGCUCGGUGGUGAGAAGGCUCUCUACGCUGGUGAGAAGGCCACUGACUACAUUAAGGGAGUUUUCUAAAUUGAAAAUGUCUAAUGUGUAUUUUCCUAUUUUGUUUUUUAAUAGAAUGCAAUGAAUUCAGUUUUUUGCCUUUUUCGGAAUAAAUUUUAAUUUUUCUUUGGAAUUUUGUUUUUCUCUCUAGUCUUUCUAUAGUAGCAAUUUGUAAAUCUUUUCUUUCAAGUUUCCCUCUCCCAAUAGCCAGCCGAGUCGACAUUACAAGUACACUAUU